GUGGGUUCGCCCCCUCCAGGUUUUCCCCCGCCGGGUUUUCCAGUACCUAAUUUCGAAUUGAGCACGUCGUCCUUGAUGGCGGGCAGUUCCAGACCGGCGGGGGGGAAUAACAGUAAUUCCCUUUUCGAGGGGCGUGAACGCGACGGACCUGCAGGCAGUAGCGCUGCGUAUGGUAAUCCUAAUCAAAUUCCCCUUCGCAGCAACCACACCGACCGACGUGAUCCUGGUAAUCCGAACCACAUUCCCAUCGGCAACAAUUUCCACAAUGACUCUGGCCACCACCAAAGCCAAAGCUACAACUCGGGAACAGUGGGUCGGAGAUGCUGGAACAACGAAAGCAGUUUCAGUUCGGAGCGGAACGACAACAAUCGUGCGGGUCAGCACGGACAACUACACGGAGGUGGUAGUACUUCUGGGUACUAUGGCGAUCGGGAUCGCAAUCCCAGAAAUGACAGCCAGCAUCAACAUCACCCACCAGGCGGCGGUCGGAUGGGGAUGAACAAUGACUACGAUAGAAAUUUCCAGCGUGGUAAAGGUAACUACCACAGCCAAGCGGAUCGUAAUAACCACAUGGUUGACCACAGGAGCCAGACCCACAACAACUUCGGUGGUCGGAACGAUAAAGAUCGGGGCGGAGCUGGGGGUCAAAAAGGCGGUGGUGGCUUUGCUUAUGGCAACCGGGAUCAUGGCAACCGCGAUUAUAGCAAGCGCGAUGAUCGACGAAAUGACUAUGACAGCCAGAAGCGCGAUCAUUUUUACAACAACAAUUCGGGACGAGACGGUGGUCCUCGGGACAACAAUCACGAGCAGAAUAGAAGAUACAACAACUCAGAUCGGAGUGACAAUUACCACCACCAGCAACAACAUGACAAAAACAACCAGAAGAAGGGCGGCGAUCGGAGUGAAAAAGAAAAUCUGAAUGAAAAUCAAAGCCAGUUGUACAGCAACUCUGUCAGUUUCUCGGACCUGAAAGGCAUGAACAGUAAUCAACGAUACAGCCAGCAACACAUGAAUAACUACAACUACUCCUCGGGAGGUGGUCCCCGCCGGAACAACUACAUGUCGAAUCAGCACCACCGAAGUGCCUCGAAUUUUUCGAGUCCGGCUGAGGACCUCCAUCAAGGGGGUCCUGCUGCUUCUCAUCCGCGCGAAGAUGGCAGUCGCAGUCAACAACAAAGUUUGCACCAGCAUAGCCGUAACUACUCCAAGUCCAGUCACAGUCUGUCAGACCAGCGCGGCGUUCUUCCACCGCCUCCGGGAGUUGGGCAAAACUCUGUUCUCCCACCGCCUCGGGGAAAAAUGAACAACGGGAGAAAGCCCUCCAAUCCUGCGGUGCCGUUCCAACGCGAACGCAAUGGCAAUGCGGCGCCGUUCCAACGCGAACGCCAACGCGAGCGCACGUUUCAGCAGCAACAGGAACAACAUAGAAAACCCCAAGAACAAACCGCCCCUCAAGCACAUCAAACCACUUCGAGACGACCCUUCCGCUUACCGCAAGUUGUACAACAGCCAGAAGCGGGAGCAGGUGGACCACAACCGAGCAGUAGUUAUGUCUUCAACGGGCGUUAGCAUACAGAAGGGUGAAUUUGCAGUGAAUUUGUAUUGCGUGGCAUGAUGCAUGAAGUAAGGGGCAUAUGAAGAACACGAGGAGGACGCCAGGCAGUCAGCGUUCCGUGUAGUUGAAAGGUUAGCACUUGCCUGGUGCCAUUUGGAUGGUGACGCUCACUGUCAGAGCCUAAAGUAGAGACGCACGUCUUUGCUGCCUGGUGCGUUGCCAAGAAGCAAAGGCGGCCUGUGCUGGCGGUCUCACAAUAUAACACUGCCUGUGCGGAGUCCAUAGUGGGUCGAGAGGGAGGGGGCCGAAGCCUCAACAGGAGAGGGGCACUGGGUCAACAUCUAAGUGGGUAGCUCUCACGGGUUGUGGCUGGCUCGGCUUGGAUGUCUGGAGACAUGUUGCAAUGGAUGCUAGCAUCGCCUGCGUUGCUCUGUAGCUCGUAUCUUCCCAGCUGUGUUCCUGCCUCAUCUUGUUCGGGUCCUCUAGUUUUCUUCGACGUGAUCCCCAGGUCAGAAAUUCUCCUGGUGAAUUUUGAGGCUUUUUCUUUUUGUUAAACUUUUCUGGAGCUCCAAAACCUGCAGUUUCUCAUGCGCUAGCGAAUUUUGAACAGGGACCGCAGGCCAAAAUUCACUCACGCCCUUUUCCAAAUUCACCCCAAAAUUCACCUGGCGCCCCUUUUCGACCGUGAUAAGCAAACUGCAGCGCAGGAAAGUGCUCAAAAAAGUCCGCAGAUAGGCCCUGGGAAGUGGGGCCGAUGGGAAAAGACAAGCGCCCUCUGUUGCCUUCAGCGCGUCUAUAUUCUGCCAAAAAGGCCUGGAGAGUUCACGCGCCUGCCGGAUAGACGCGUCAAAGCUCUCGGCCUGGUCCUUUCGCCCUUGCUUUCGCGCCUUCGUCUUGCCUAAUUGCAUGCGCUCCGCGGCCCUUGUUUUUGACGUCUUUGCCGCCGCUGUUGCAGUGCUCUUAUGCGAGCACAGGAACAAGGCGCAAGGACAUGGCCAAAGAACGACGCCCAGGCCAUGUCCAGUUGCCCACUGCAUAGCCGGCGAGUUCUGCGGUGUGCAGAACGCUCUUCCCAGAAGGGCAAGAGGGACAAUGUCCCGGCGGACGCAUCUGCAAUUUGUCAUGCAAAAUUCACUAGAGAUUCGCCACGCCUCACGCUAACGCGUGUUAAAGCUCUAGCGACGACCCUUCCGCUUACCGCAAGUUGUACAACAGCCAGAAGCGGGAGGUGAACAACCGAGCAGUAGCACCACUGGCGCGCCGGCAAAGGCCUUUCGACUCCCAGAACUGCCCAUGGAAGCAGCUGCAGAUGUAGUAGGUGCACCAGUUGUACCCUCUUCGAGCGACGAACAUGCACAAGCAGCAGGACCAGAGCAGGACGCACAAGGGCAAAGAGAUGUUGAAUUACAGGAGAGCGCCUCUGACCUACUCGACCAAGAGGGCAAUGGGCAACAUUUGGAUGAUCGCAGUCCAACUGCGUCAUCUUCGGGCGACGACGGCGAAAUGAGCAAUCCCUACGGAAUAAAGGAGGAACAACUGCCUGACGAUAGUGGCAGUAGGAGAAAGUCGUCCAUGUUGCAAGACAAGGAACGAAGACCCUCACAAGAACAGGAGCCAGCGGUGCCGGCAGGCCAAAACAACAACUCAAGCCUGGACCACUUCAACGGUACAGCACCUUUCGACGUCUUCGCUGCAGCUGAAAAUAAUGUCGAUCCUUUCCAGACACAACAGCUGUUCCUCCCGAACAGCCAGGGCGGGGUUCAUCUUUCGCAGGCUGUUCUCAACGCCAGGUCCUCGCAAGACGCAGUCGCAAAUGGACUCCACGUAGCCAAAAACGCAGCAGCCUCGCAAGCCAACAUCAUCCCUGGAGGAAGUGGCGCAGCACAAGCAGCAGCAGCCACGACACAGUCGCAGUUUGACCCGUAUUCCACACAAGUGUUCGUCGAUGACAACUUUUCCCAGAUGUACGACCUCGCACCUCCUGGAGUUCUUAAUUCGUUAAACGAUUCUGCUGUAGUUCCACCGCCCGCCUCCGCAGACCCGUUCGCAGCGGGAGGUCAAUCCACACUUCUGCAUCACUCUGCCGACAAUUUCGGGUCGUUGUCGCCGUUGCCCGGGACCACGACGAGCCAACCCGGAGCGGGAGCUGCAGCAGCAACAAAGGAUGAAGUUGAUCAACCCGCAGGAGCAGGAGGUACUACUGCCACUGGACCGCAGCACCAGAACCUCCCAACUUACAACGGCCCCACCCUCGACAGUUCCCAGUUUGACCCGAGUUAUCUGCAAACGCAGAUGCUGUUCCUGGGCAACGACGACCCCUAUUACGGUCUGGAUCCCCACGCGCAAAGCACACAAAUAGCGGUCACAGCGGCGCUGAAUGAGACGGAGCCAGAGGAGAAGAUUCACCCGGUGGAUUUGGACAAUAUGGACCUGGAACAGCUCGGGCCGUGGAGUCGACGGAUCCGGGACCGGUUUGGACGGUUCUACUGCUUUCAGGAAGACGAAGAACAGGCUGUGGACGCUGAGGAUCUUCUGUUCGGUGCAAAUAACCCCUCGUCAUCCUCUUCAAAUAAGCCGACGGUGGUUGUCCAACGGUACACGAAGCGACGGCGUCCGGCGUUUGAGUUGAAAGCGUUAGCGUUGCCCAAAGCUGCAACCGCGUCAGAAGAAAAUCUGCACGAGAACAGUCUGUUGCACAACAUGUCAUCAUCUGCAAGAAGAAGAUCGGACGACGAUGUCAACCUUACAGUGGAAGACCGUCCGAUGGUGUCCCAAGAGCAGAUGACUUCGAACUCCUUCUUCGCGAGACAGUGGAACGGCAAGAUGAAACAGAUCGUCGGAAAAUACGCCAAAGACCUGUCGAAGGAGCUCGCUGGUGCGUCAGAUACAGGACCUGUGGUUGGAGGAAAAAAAGAUAAAAACGGUAGUUCCACCGUUGACGGUGUUGGAAACAACAGCAAUACUAUGUCCUUAGCCGACCGUCUGCGGCACAGUCACGCGAAGCACUAUUUGCCCUAUUUUUCCUUCACCCGCCCGGCCGAGCAGGAGUUUUUGAACACGAUGAAGCGGGACAAAGAACUCUUGGAACGGAUCGGCGCGACCUUCGUUUUAGACAGUAAUGAAGAGUUGAAAUUGAUGGCGAACAUGACAAAGAAGAUGAACACAGCAGGACAAAGCACAGGAAUAAAUGCAGGGUCUGCAGCUCUAUUUGGCGGUAGUACAACCUCAACCUCCAACACCACUCAAUCCCUGCAACUGCUCCAGCAACCACAAAUCACGCACUUAGUCCUGCCGGAUGAGUAUAAUCCAGAAACUUCGCUGAAACCGGAAGAGGAUGUGAAAUUCUUGGCGUAUUUGAUGCAAAUAUCUUUACUCCCAGGAAUCGUCUCCUUGAAGUAUUUGAAACAAGCCGUGGAGCAGAAAUUUUGGCCGGCACCGGACACUUUGCUGUUUCCGUUACCAGUGGAAGCGAGAAGGGCGAUCGCGGAUGCGCGCGAUGACUGCAACUUCCUCGGGCGACGGUUUUCGUCGGUGUAUUGCUUCCCCUCGAUCCCGCAGUCGAAGCGGUUUUCUUUGUUAAUCCAGGCGGCCGGAAGCAAGUACCGGGCAACCCGACCGAAGAUUGUGUUUCCCAGCAAUAAAGCGGGGGGAGGAGCGCCGAACAGUGGGGUUGGAGGAGGGGGAGCUAUUUUGCCCGAACCCCUAUUGGACGUCGAAGACGGGCUGGAAAGAACUGUCGUGGGAACAAAAAUAGGCUCGGCAGUUGUGUCGGCCACGACGGCCACGACCUUGUUAUCCAGUAACAAACGGCCUGCACCUUCCGGCUCCGCGACGUCAAAAUUGUUGCAGAAAAACAAGCCACCCACACUGGAGGACGACCCCAUCGAAGAGGUGUUCACCGAGUUAGAGGACGAGAACAACCAGGACGAGCAACAACUUGUACCAGUGAGCCAGGGAGGUCGCGCAGCAACUGGGACGAAGAGGCGGCGAUUACUCGGGGCCGGGUCCUCUGGAGGUGGUCUCAACAACAUUUCUGGCGCCACUCCUUUUUCGGCGCAAAACAGUAAAAAGCAGGCGAAGAAUGCUGAUACCCAAAAGAGCCUGUUCUGUGGGACUCAGCCCGGGGACGAAAUGUUGCCGAUUGUUUCCAAAGAGAACGGUGCCGAGGAGCAAGAGGAUUUGAUGGAAAACAACACCAAGAAGAACGCCGCGACGAAGAUGGGGAAGAAAAUGGUAGCCGCGGUGCCGAUCAAAACAACAAACACGACCAAUCUGCCGGAUAGCGGCGCGAACAUUCACGACGUGCUGUGGAUCGGCACAAAGGACGACUACAAGGUCUUCGUCGAAGCCUACGAGAAGCAAUUUAACGUGAAAAUGAACACCUCUGGGAUGGUGAACAGCAAGAGAAAUAACCGAAACAGUUUGGGAACAGGAGGAGACCUGAACGGUAAAAACAAGCAAGAUACCAUCGACGCGGACCGGCUACCACCGAUUUGUGAUGUGAAGUUGCUCUACGACAUGGCGUUCGCUUCGAAAGGGAGUCUGGCGGAGCUUAUUGAAGCGCACCGCUUCUCGGUCGCCGAUCUGAUUCGGGCGUGAGCGAUGGUGCUCCUGACUGACAUUCGCUUUUGCAUCGAAGAAUGCAGCACAAGGAAGGACGAACUGAUGCUUCAAGUAGCUUUGAUGAAACAAAAUGAAAUAUGAAAAGGAUUACUACCAGUUGGAGCGGCGUGCAUAGAACAAAUUCACGUCAUCUACUUCGGCAUUCGCAUUACCACAGAAUAAUAUAGACAACGGAUCUAUUUCGAGUUUCGACAGAGGAGUGCUUUUGUUACCCGAUUCUGCGCACGUCCCAAAGUAGCCGAACAAAAUACACGAAUAUGAAGUUGUGCAGCCGCUUUUUGAUAUCGAUACACGCAGAUAAAAAUGAAAAUGGCUCAGCUCCUGACCUUUUGGUCUUGAGAAGUCCAGG